AUGGCCUGCCGUCUGUAUCUUCACCCGCUGGUCAUAUCGACAGCCCAGCAGUUCUUCUUUAUCUACAUCGCAGGCUUCACAUCCAGGAACUCGGCUCUGCGUCCAAUUGGCUUCAUACUCUUCCUCAUUUCCACUUUCGUGGCACUUUCCUCUUUUGAGGAUUUCAUCGAACCACCAGGAUGGGUCUCGAGAGCCAUCAUAUCUGCCUUUCCUCAGAUCUCACUGACUUACUUUGAGCGCAUGAUCGUGCGCAAGAUUGCGUACGUCGAUGAUAGACAGAAGAAGGACCAGCCUGCUCAAUCGAGGUUUGCAGAGUUCCGCUCACGAUAUGUCUUUGGACAAGAGGUUGCGUCCUCGAUGAGAGGACUGGGCACGGCGUGGGAGAUCAGGAACAUCCACAACUUUGACUCUCGUGAUCCUACCUAUGUCCCAUCUGCGACACCAUUUGUAUGCAUCAAUCUUCUAAAGGUGCUGCUCUGCUUCUUUGUUCACAAAUUGUGUAUCACGACGCAGUUGAGUCUGAACAAGGGAUACAUGGCGCCUGACUAUGUACCCGUGUUUCGUCGUCUCGGUGAUGUUACCAUGGAGGAGUUGCAAGUUCGUUACAUUGCAACUGUUACAACCGUCGUGUCAAUCUUUUGCUUCAUCCAGGGCGGUUACUCGCUCGCUUCAGCCGCUUCGGUCAUUAUGAACCCCAAAGCUGUCAAAGAUUGGCGACCGAUUUUCGGUGAAUUGUCCGAAUCGUACUGCCUUCGACGGUUCUGGUCAACCUUUUGGCACCAGGGCCUUCAGAACAACCUUCGAGGUACAGCGACAUGGAUUGUCAAGAACGUGUUUCGUCUCAAUUCUUACUGUUUAACCUCGAGAUACCUCAAGAUUCUCCUUGCAUUUGCACUGUCAGGUCUCGUCCAUGUCCCCAGUGACAUGGGAAGUGCAGUACCAGCAGCCAAAUCUGGGGCCAUUCAGUUCUUUUCGACGCAAUUGAUUGGACUCAUGCUGGAAGAUACAUUUGGAGACAUGUUCCUUCCUCUCUGGAAGUACAAGUCUACUAGGGUUUUGGCAAAGUUGGCUGGAUACUUCUGGAUCACCAUCAUGAUCACACCUCUCCAGGCCAUCGGAGUUCUCUUGUUGGGUUACAGUGGCCUCUGUACUGUACAGCUGCUAUGGAACUACAGAAAGGCCAAGGCUAUCGGCCUUCCAGUGCUCAUCACACCAAUUGAUCCUUCAAACGUGCCUUAUCUACUCUGCUCCAGCUGGCUGGAACCUCUGCUUCGAAAGAUUCUACCUUUUGGACUAGGAAACUUUGUUGAGUACAACAGUCGCGACUGGAAUUACAGCCAGAUCCACGGUCUUCAGGAACGGAUUGGUGAUACCUUUAUCAUCGUCAGUCCUAAGCAGAUCCGUGUCUUUACAGGCAACGCCAAAGCAUCUGAUGAUCUCUGUCGCCGACGCAAGGACUUUGUCAAGGCUGUAGCUCUUUACAAGCCACUUGAGAUCUUUGGUCGCAAUGUUGUAACUACUGAGGGUGAUGACUGGGUGCGACACCGAAGAAUCACCACCCCUCCGUUCAAUGAGAGAAACAGCGCGCUCGUAUGGGAUGAGUCAAAGCGACAAGCCACCGACAUGCUCAACAUGUGGGCUUCAAACCCCAAGGGCGUUGUUAAUCCCCAGAGCGAUACCAUGGUGCUGGCUCUUCACGUUCUCACAGCUGCUGGCUUUGGCAGAAGCUACAAGUUCGGAAGCGGACUCGAGAGCGAACUGGAGAACCACAGUCUCAGCUAUCGCGACGCCCUCAGUCUGAUCCUCGGAAAUCUCUUUACCGCCGUCUUUACAGCCACCCUUAAUCUCCCCACCUGGAUGCUGCCCUCCAAGUUCAAGAAGGUCCAGGAUGCUGUCAUCAACUUCCGUCAGUACAUGGCUGAGAUGGUCGCCGAGGAGCGUGAGGCCAUGAACGCCGGCGCCGAGGAGCAGGAUAACCUCAUGAGUAUCCUGGUGCGCGCUUCGGAGAAUGAGAAUAAGCAGGGCAAGGGUGCCCGCCACUUGACUGAUACUGAGAUUUACGGCAACCUGUUUAGUUACAAUCUUGCCGGACACGAAACCACGUCCAACACCCUGGCCUACGCAACUGUCCUCCUCGCAGCGAACCCGGAAUGGCAGAAAUGGGCCGCUGAAGAGGUUGACCAAGUCACAGCAGGGGUUGAUCUGAAGGACCUUGACUACGAAACUUAUUACCCUCAAUUGAAGCGCGUACUCGCGAUCAUGCACGAGACACUGCGAUUGUUUGGAGCAGCAAGAGCUGUCCCCAAGACUACCAUCGUGGACCAGGUUCUCAAGGUUGAUGGUACUUCCUACACGAUACCCAGGAACACCUUUAUCGGCGUCAACCUUGCAGGACUGCACACAUCAUCCGCAUCAUGGGGCGACAAUGCGCUGGAAUGGCUCCCCAGCCGUUGGAUCACACGGGAUGAGACAGAAGGCGAAAAGAUGACUACCAUGCCCACAGGGGCCUUCCUCCCUUGGGCCGCCGGACCGCGUGUCUGUCCAGGCAAAAAGUUCUCUCAAGUGGAAUUCGUGGCCGUGCUCGCAUGUCUUCUCAAGGAGUACACCGUGGAGCCUGACGCAGACGGUGAAGGCGACCUCAAGACUGCGGCGUCAAUGGCGCUCAUGGAAGAGGCGAAGCAAUCGAGUUUCAAUUUCCUGCUAAAGGUGAAGCACCCUGAGAAGAUCAAGCUACGGUGCGUGCGGAGGGGAGAGAACAAGGCUUAG